AUGUUAGACAGGAGAAGAAGGUUCAGGAUGUUCACAGGGAACCAAAACCCAGACGACCAAACCCCAGAGGAGCAGGUUUUCUAUGAGUUUAUUUUUAGGCUCUUCAAAGAGAAUAAGGUGGAGAUUGCGAGUGCGAUAAAUAAGCCAUUUCCUCUCCUUAUGGGCCUCCGAGACCGUGGCUUUAUCUCCGAGCACAAGUAUCAACAUUUUCAAGAAGCUUGUAGAAAUCAUGUCCCAGUGGAAAGAGUGGUCUAUGAUGUGCUCAGUGAACUGGAGAAGACAUUUGACAAGACAGUUCUGGAUGUACUGUUCAGCAAUCUUAACCUAAAGGCCUAUCCUGACUUACUUGAGAUUUGCAGAAGCUUCCAAAAUGUGAUUUAUGACAACUUCCAUCAUGAAGCCAUUGAUGAAGAGACAAAGGAGAUGCUCCACCCACAAAUACCCCAUGAGCUAGAGUCCUGUGAACCCUCACCUCUCCGAAUAAAUAAUGUCAGAACCUUGGAAGAGACACCCAGCUUACUGCCUAAUGAGGGACCAGUUUCCUGUGAGCACAAAGCUCUCCAAAGGACGAAUGGAGGCGAUUUUGAAGAGAUACCUGAGCUGCUACCAGGCGAUGGGGGAGUGUCCUGCGAACAGGUAGUUCUACAAAGGGACGACGGAGAAGAAUCAGAAGAAAUGCCCAGAUUACUACCUUAUGAUAGAGAAGGAAAAAAGAAAGGCCAUGCCUGGACAAGAAUUAAAAGGAGAUAUCAGGGAAACAUACACCAAAAAGACAGAAGCAAUAUCGCUGGUCAGUCGGUCUCCAGGGGGAGAAAGGGGAAAAUGCGUCUGCAAGAACGUGCCAAGAUCAGGGGGAAAAAGAGAGGCAGAUCUCUUACUAACUUAACUCACAGUGAUAGAGCCCCACGGAAAAGAUUCCGGUCAAGAGGGUCAAGAAAGCACAGAGAUGAUAGUGUGAAUUUUCACUCUCAAAUACUUCCUGUGACCUGUGGUAAGGAGAAGGGGAUGUUAUAUAAGAAGAGACUGAAACGAGGAGCCUUGGUGAGGUGUAUACAGAAUGAGGAUGGAAAAUGGUUCACCCCCAGGGAAUUUGAAGUCACAGGAGGCCACGCAAGAUCAAAGAACUGGAAGCUGAGUGUGCGCUGUGGUGGGAGGCCCCUACGAUGGCUGAUAGAGAAAGGACUUCUACAUAAUCCUCCAAGAAAAUAUUUCAGGAAAAGAAAGAGAAUACCAAAGUCUCACGACAAUACCUUAAUUGACCCUUAUCUGGGAAACUCCGACGUGUGUGAGACGUGCCGGGAUGGAGGACAGCUGUUCUGCUGUGAUACCUGUUCGAGAUCUUUUCAUGAGGAUUGUCACAUCCCACCUGUGGAAACUGAGAGGAGCCCAUGGAGUUGCACCUUCUGCAGGAUAGAGUCUUUUGGAAGGCAGCAGUGUCACGGGGAAUCUGAGGUCCUGGAGAGGCAGAUGCAGCCUGAGGAGCAGUUGAAAUGUGAGUUCCUCCUCUUGAAGGUCUAUUGCCAUUCAGAGAGCUCCUUUUUUUCGAAGAUUCCAUAUUAUUAUUAUAUUAGAGAGGUUUCUCAAAACCUAAGGGAACCCAUGUGGUUGGACAAAAUCAAGAAGAAGCUGAAUAAACAGGGUUAUCGCCAAGUGGAGGGGUUUGUGCGGGACAUGCGCCUCAUCUUUCAGAACCACAGGGUAUCUUACAAGUACAAUGACUUUGGCCUAAUGGGACUUAGACUGGAGGCAGAAUUCGAGAGGAAAUUCAAGGAAGUGUUUGCUAUUGAAGAAACAAAUGAGAGCAGUUCACUGGCAUAGUGGGGGCUGUUGGUAUCCUGGAAAAUUCCCUUUGAGGGCAGAAUUUUCAUCUGCCAGUUGCUGUGAGGAUUGGCUGCUGAUGCCACCCCUCCCCAAAGUAUCACCUUCUGCCAAUGCCGGCUGGAGUUUACACCUAUUGGGUCUGGGGGCUGGCCCCCAGCCCCAAGGUGAGAUGAAUAUGUGGUGCGAUUCAUGCUCCUGCACUCCCCCACGAGAUCAAGCUGGAGCUAGUUUCCAGCUGGGACCACAUCCAUGCUUGGUUUUUUUCCACCACGCGAUCCUGCUUCCCUCUCCCUUCUUCUGAAAAAAUUCUCAUAAUAAAUCACUUACUUAAGAGACUUUA